GCUACAGUACUUGUUUAUUUAUUUUUUAUUAUUAUUUUGACUUUUAAAUAUACCAUAAAAGCUCAGUUCGUAUUGAUAUAACAUCACCGUUGACUUUAAGCUACACACAUUUUGCCAUCAUGGAAAGUAUAACAUAUUUGCAUUAAGGUAUUGACUGUUAAGAAUGUUUGCAUAGAUUGUUCUGUUUAUGAACAACAUGAAGGUUAUAAGAUACAGUCACUGCUGAGAAAAAGAGGAAGUUUUGAUUAGUCAAAUAUUAGUCAUGCAUUGAGUUAUCUUCAUAGAGCAUAGCGGCUCUUAGUCUAAAAAAAAAGAGUCUGUGUCACAACAGUCAGCUUUACUCUUAACCAAUAUUCAGAGGAUUCCUCAAGCUUUUUAUCAGACUUCUCUGGUCUGACCAUCUUUUUAUAGCAAGAUGAGCGUAGCUGAGAAAAUCAGCAUUUUUGUCUUUCUCUUACAAGGCAUUCAUUGUAGAGAUUUCAGCAUCAGUCUGCCACAGAACAUUCAAUCUCUCAGUGGAUCCUGUGUGAUCAUAAAGUGCAGAUUUGAGAUUCAGGAACAAUAUGACAGAGACCUCACUGAGAGUGCUAAAGGACUGUGGCUCAAAGAUGGGACAUCUAAUCACUUUGAAUUUAAAAUAACUGGAAAACUACAUGAGAAAAACUGUACCACUAUUUUUAAUCAUAUUAGUUCAAAUCAUAAUGGUAAUUAUAAGUUCAGGAUAGAGGGUGAAGGUGGACUGAAAUGGACAUAUACUAUAACAUCAGUUUCAAUAGUUGUGAUUGACUCUCCCCCCAAACCUACAGUGCAUCUGUAUGUGGAUCAGAAGGAGGUGCAGGAUCAGGAGGAGGUGUUGGAGGGGAGCUCUGUGAGUCUGCGCUGCUCUGCUGAGACUCUCUGCUCCUCUCCUCCACCAACUCUCACAUGGAGCUCCACUCCCAGAAUCCCCCUCAGAGAGAGCAGCAGACGAGAGGAGCUCAUCUCUGAUCUGAACUUCACUGCUACUCACCGUCAGCACAGAGUCACUUUCACCUGCACUAUAACCUACCAGCUACAGGACCAGAACAAAACAGCACAGAACAACAUCACAGUACAUGUUCAGUAUUCGCCUAAAAACACAUCAGUGUCCGUGCUUCCCUCCAGCUCUGUGUUGGAGGGAAGUUCAGUGACUGUGACCUGCAGCAGUGAAGCAAACCCAGCAGUGAACUACACCUGGUCCAGAGAGAGUGAAGGACAGAUGAAGCAGCUGCAGACUGGAGACACUCUUACCUUCGAUAGGAUCGACCUGAAACACAGAGGCUGGUACUACUGUACAGCUCACAACCAACAUGGCACCCAGAACUCAUCAGUGAUGCUGGACAUUCUGUAUGCUCCUAAGAUCUCUCCUUCCUCCAGCUGUACCAGGACUGAUGUAACUGUGUGUUUCUGUGAGGCUGAUGGGAAUCCCUCUCCUGAACUGGAGUGGCAUCUGUCUGGACGUCCUGUUACUAACUCUUCAAACAUGUUCAUCAGUGAAGAGCGAUUGAGCAGCACAGGUUUGAGGAGCUCCAUCACUCUUCAUCAGUCUCUCACAAACACAUCCACUCUGCAGUGUGUCAGCAGAAACAUUCAUGGCACUGAUGAACAACUGUUUCAUCUGGUUUUCAUCACUCAAAACGCUCCAUGGUUUAACAUUAACUCCCUCCUGGUUGGAGUCGCAGCUGGAACUUCAUUUAUGGCAAUCUUAUGGGUCACAACACGGCUGUACAAAUGUAUCUUCAGGACUCAGAGUGGAGAUAAAGCUGGACUGAUUCAGACUGAUGGGGCUGAUUCGGUGGACAUCAGGGGAGAACCUUUUUAUGUUAAUAAAGUUAUGAUGUCAUCAGCUGAAGCCCCCAUACUAAAUCAGCCAGAACCCCUACAUUAUUCAACAAUUAACUUUACAAACACCGAUCCAGAGUCAAACAACAUCAGAGGCAUCUCAUCGCUUACUACUGAAUAUGCUGUGGUCCGAUACUUUGGUCAAAACAUAGAAGAUAGCGAGGCAAAGAUCAGAAAGGUUCCCUCAAUGCCACACGGGGAAGCCAUCUAUCAGGUUCCUCACAAAGCAGCAGCCAAAGCAAAACUAGUGCAGACAUAAACAUAAAGCAAGGUGAAUCAACGAAUGCAUGCAAUAUUUCUACAAACAUGUCAUUUUUAAUUAAUUCAAAUAUGGAUUUAAAGCAUACUAUACUAUGUCAUUUCUGUUAUUGUAUUAGAUAACAAACCAAAAUGUAUUUUUUAAUGAAUGCUACUAUUAUUAUUUUGUUAUGUUAUUCAGUCAAUAUUUAAUCUGUGGGGCACUGCAUGUGCAAUAGUUGUUGUUGUAAAUAGGCCUACUGCUUGCUGAAUAGUCAUUAUGAAGUGUUUAUGAAGUUGUCUCAUCAGCAAAACAUCCAGGUUUACAUAAGUGCAUUCAUAUAUGCAACAUAAAAAAAUUAUAUAUCACUAUUGAAUCAUAUACCAACCUACACCUAUAUGAUGAUGUCAGUGUUACUUUUAGUAAAUGAAGUGAAUUCAGUUGCACCAGUGUAUAAUGCCACACCUGUUUUGCAUUAUAAUAUAUAUUGGUUUACUUUGCAAAUUAU